GAUUCGCUCCGAUAACGGCGCGUUAUCGGCCCACGCGGGCCGAGGAAGCAUCGACGCUGCAGCCAGCAGUAGCGAUGAGUAUCGUGUGGUGUUGCCCCGUUUCCCAGAUGGAAAAAUGUGUCUGAAUUCCGUGUUUUUGCACGCGGACCUGAUGGGAAGACCGUACCGUGCUGUGGAUUUUCGAGACGGACUGAAGGACAUCGUGGACAUGACGGACGUGGUUUCAAUUGGACAAUUCCAAAUGAGCCACAUAUGGAUGAUCACUCUCGCAAGCAUGGCUGCCACAGAAAAGAUGAAAAGGGUUGGACAACUCACGGUCAAGGGGCGGAAGUGUCUGGUGCUGGAUCCCAACGCAAAGGACAUUAGGGUAAGGCUACUUUGGCUCCCAACGUAUCUGGAAGACAGACGUGUGGUGGAAGCUCUCGAGCCUUACGGUAAAGUUCGUAACAUCGUUAGGGAGAAAUGGCGAGUCCCGGGAAUGGAACACCUGGAAACCAUGAACAGAGAAGUCAGCAUGACGCUGCACGACGCCGUCAGCUCUUCCGACCUGCCCCAUAUGAUCAAGGUAUAUCGGGUGCAAUCCCUUGUCAUUGUGCCUGGAAGACCACCGCUUUGCCUACGGUGCAAAAAAGUAGGCCAUAUCCGGAAACAGUGCCGCGCACCAAAAUGCACCAAGUGCAACAAAUUUGGUCACGAAGACAACGAGUGCUACGCGACCUAUGCCACGGUGCUGAGGCGCGGUGACGAGGAUGCCGAAUCGAAUCUCGACCAGUUCAUGGACGUGUCCGAAGUAGUGGGAGCCAACGGCGAAGUGGGGGCGUCCACGGGCGGCCCUGCAAACAGUCUUCCCUCCGUACCAGGCGAGACCGGCGCCAUCAACGACCACCAGCCACAAGACCCAGGAGUCAUACCUGUGUCCUCGAAGACAGGGGAUGAUUCUUCCAUGGAGCAAGGCAGUAACUGCGGCAGUGCUGCUACACCUUCGGAGCUGGACGACCGAGACCAAGGUGAAACCAAGCAAGCAGGUCCCUUUCCCGAGGGUCAAGGGAACGGAGUGGACACAAACUCUGCUCUGGGAACUGGUGUCAGUCACGUCAAGCGAAAGAAAUUGGAACCGGGGGUCACAUACGCAAGUAAGCGCAUAAACGUGUCGAAGCCGCUUGCGCGGCAAGCCCAGGAAAAGCCACCCCCUUAA